CCCGGCCCAAAUCUUAAAGGGCUUCCUGUUCUCUUCAUGUCUGUCUGAGUUGUUCACGUUUCUCGGUCAUUUUCACGUUUUAUUAAUCUAUCCCUGAUCUAGGCCCGUUGCCAAGCAGUGUCAUGUGGCCAUUCAGUCCAAUGAAGCCGACCCAGCCGGCGACCAUUCCAACAGACACAAUCAUUCCCCUACAUUUUCUUGAUGAUCAGCCCGUCCAUCGAUCGAUAGUUCUGGACUUGACGCUUCGGUUUGACGAUGCUCUGGACAGCGAAACGCUCCGUAUUGCCUUGGUGAGCCUGAUGGAACUGGGGGCUUGGAGGAAGCUCGGCGCAAGGCUGCGGAUGAAUGAGGCCGGUAGGCUGGAAUACCACAUCCCAACAAGUUUCGAUGAGACAAGACCAGGCUUCUCGUACACGAGAAUCAAACACGACAUAAACAUUAAGGAUCAUCCUCUCGCAUCUCGUUUGCCCAAAAUGAGCAGUCGUCCAUCGGUACAAGCCAACCCUGCAGACUUCAUCUCUCUUGUUCGCCGCCCGGAUGCUCCAAAGAAGCUUGAUGAUUAUCUCUUCGCAGAUGAACCUCAGCUAUGCCUCUACAUUGUCUCAUUCGAAGACGCGACGUUGGUAUCGUUGUCUUGGCCGCAUACAUUCCUCGAUGCAAUGGGGAUGGCGACGUUGUUGAAUGCGUGGAGCCUUGUACUUAGCGGUCAGGAAGACCGAGUGCCCCCCUUUCACGGCUUCAAUGCUGACCCAUUGGCCACUCUUGGCUCUACGCCAGUCGAGCAAUCUAUGCUUGCUAGCUACCAGGUAACCGGGCUUGGCAUGCUCGGUUUCGUUGCUCGCUACAUGUUUGAGCAGCUGUGGUGGCGUGAAGAGGAGACUCGCGUCGUGUGUUUGCCGCAUUCAUACCUGCAGGCCAUGAAGCAGACAGCUAUUCAGGAGCUCGCUGCUCAGGAUGCUAGCGGUAGCGAGCCAUUCCUCAGCGAUGGCGAUAUCAUUAGCGCCUGGUGGACUCGAUUGGCAAUUCAACAUCUGCCCCGAACAUCAACCAGAACCAUCCUCAUCUCGAACGGUUUCAGUCUACGAGGUGUGCUAGCCAACGACCUUCUGCCGUCCGGCACUGCCUAUAUGUCGAAUGCUGUGUAUGCGGUGUUUGCUUUCAUGUCGGCGUCAGAUGUCUUCAACAAGCCCCUCAGCUAUGUGGCAUCACAAGUGCGACAAUCAAUCCAGGAACAAGGGACACGGGAGCAAAUCGAAGCCUUCGCAGCACUCCUCAAGACGGCAACAGAGGCAACUGGACGGGCUCCCAUCUUCGGCGACUCGAGCACUCAAAUGCUAAACUUCAGCAAUUGGACCAAGGGUAGAUUGUUUGAUGUUGAUUUUUCUACCGCGAGUGCUAACCUUAAGCCGUAUCCCCAACUCAUGGAGCGGCCUAAUACGCUUGGGAGGCCGUCGUAUGUCCAGGUCAUAACACAUUUGAAUGGCUUCUCUGGCCGGUACUCGUUUCCUAUUUUCGGGAAGGAUACAGCUGGGAAUUACUGGUCGGCGGGUACUUUGCGCGCGUCUCAAUGGCUGGGGAUCGAGGAGGCUUUGAAGGGGAUGUGAUUGGUUGGAGAGGUGCUAUUUGGGUCCAUGAAUUCCACUAUUGAUUUAGGUGUUUUGUAGUGUCCGCGUGUACAGUUAUCAGUAACUUCUAAUCGUUAUUCAGCCCAUGGGAUGGCGUUGGGCCUCGAGAGAGAGUAUUUCAAGCCUUCCAUGCAGCUGCAAACUCGAAGA